AUGACCCAAAACGCAAACUUGGCCAGUAUUGGAAAGAAAGAUCUUAACAUGAACACGAGCAAUUGGUUAUUCAUUUUAGACAUCGAAGACGGUAUGCAUGACAUCGACGGCUUUGGGAGACGACCCUACGUACUUAUUAUUAUAAUUAAAAAUUAUCUCAUACACAGUUGUACUUUUACAUAAGAAUAAUAUUAUUACAUUGUCUCUUUCAUUGUGUUUGUUCUUUUCUUUUCUUUUUUCUUGAUUGCACUAUAAUAGAGUUAUCUCCCUCAGAAAACAAGAUUGAUAAUGAAUUCUUACAAACCUACUGACUCUUUUUUUUUUUGGAUUAAUAUCAGCAUCUGGGCAACUGCCCACCUACCCCUCCCCUAACUCAACAACAGGUUAGGGGAGGGGUAGGUGGACAGUUGCCCAGAUACUGAUAUUGAUCCUUUUUUUUUACUUUUUUUCUCCUCAUGUUUCAAGAAUCCCUUGUCUUGGCUGAGAUCGGGAGACAAAGAAGCUUGCGUCCUCCUGUCAAUCUCAAAACCAUCCAACGAUGAAGAACAUCAAACAAUAGAUUCGGGAGCAAGAGAUAACACAAAUAAAUUAAUGGCCUGACAUUGUUUACGAUGAAAAAGUUGUUUAGAAUAACCUCGUUUAAGGAAGCCCUCUUCGAUAUUGAAAGGAGCACACGAACAUCUUUCAUUUUGUUGAUCACACAUUUCAUUGUGACUCGAUUGUGCGAAAAUAUUUAAUAAAAAAUAUUUUUACUUCAAACUGAUAUAAUUUAAGAAAAUAAGAAUCUACAGUAACUGACUGUAGAAAGUCCUUGUUCGCCUUGUUAUAAAGGUGAAUUAGCUUUUUUGCCAAAAUUAUAGUUGCCAAGUUGAAUAUGAAAAAAAAUUCGUUAGCACUCUUUAGUCGAUCAGCUUCCAGUAUUUCCUUUAAAUUAUGGGAGUGUUUGAGGAUUCACGAUACAUGAAGAUAGAACUCUUGUAUACUUAGAUGGUGAUUUUUAUUUCUUAUCUUUCUUGGUUAUCAAUUACAUUUUGAUUCCAUUACGCGUUUCUCAAACUUGCUUUAUUAUAAUUAUUAUCUUCACACUUGAACAAAGUUCAUAGAGGUAUGUGUGAACGCAAAUUCAAAUUUUUUCGUACUCUUAAAAUGAAAAAAAAAUGUUGUUCGUGUUCUCUCCUGAUUUCGAUUACAUAAUAUUACAAUACGUCAGUAACCAUCAUAAAUCUGGUUUUAAAACAACUUGAUUCGCUCCUAUGAUUGAAGGGGCGACUUUAAUUUGAAGAUUUCAUCACUAACUGAUUUUCGCGUACAUGGAAUUUAUUUUGCACUCGUAAUAGAAGAAGAAGUGGUCAACUUAAAAAUUAAAUUAAUAUAACAAAGAAGGUUAUUGCACAUGUCAAUUUCGGUUGAAGCGACGGGCAAAUAUUAUACUUACAAUUUGUGUUCUAUAUGCGACUAGUAAGCUUCGAUAUGCGAUCGGUGGUGACUCUUUGGAAAUUUAAGUUGCGUAACGAACUUUUAGGUUUUUAAAUAACUAGUCACCUGAUCUGUUUUUGGCACGUAGCGCUAAGAUAAUUAAAUAUUCACAAGAAAAAAAAAAUGACAAACGGCUUGAAAAAUGUAAAUCACAACUUCUUAUUGAAGUUUACAUCAUUGGCAGAAAAAACAUCGCGAGGGACUCGGAGAUGGAAAAAAGUUACAAGUUUGAUGCGAUCUUAGCUAAUUUUUACAUGUAGAGGUGAGCUGCCGCUCUACAAACAAUAUUAGCUUGUACAAUGAAGAUUUGAUGUCUUUUACACCACUUACUUUUUUUUCGGUUUUUGAUUUGUUUCCUAUUUAAGAUUUCCUUUUUCUGAAGUUAACCAAUUUAAAAAAAAAAUAGGAUAAUUUUGUGUGUGUCCAGAGCUCUUCGAUUUAUCAUAAAUCGGUGCUGAGGCGCUGCCGACCGAGAAGAUUGAUGGGCUCUGGGAAUGAGAAUGCUCUAAAAUAUUAAUGAAUUUUAAAACUUUGAUUUACUUUGUGUGAAGGGUGAAAGAUGAAAAUCCUGUGUUUUCUUGAAUAAGCGCUCUCGCGCGAAUAGGAGCCCUCCCCCGAAAAAGCCCCACUUCCUAGGCCAAAAUGUUAAUUAAGUGUCCCCCCCACGUAAGCGCCCCUCCCCACCUCACUUUCUCAAAUUACUAGAAAUACAAGGAAAACCUGUUUUUGUUUCCAAUUUAUUUACAACGUUUUAAUUCUCAACUACAGCGGAAUCAAAUACAGAAACAUAGUUUCUUUUUGUUAACUUACUUCCAUUUAUUUCUAUCUCCAUGUGCUUUAAGAGAUCCUUUAUAUGCAUUAUCUGUUAAUUUAAUUUUAGCCCUAUUACCGCGCUCUCGGUAAAUGCCGUAAGCUUCCCAGGCACAAUUCUUCGAGGACCGUUAGUUUGUACGAUUAUGAAGUUAUUGGGAUUUUUUUAAAGAAAACAGUUUACAAGGAAUAAAAACUCAAUCAAAAUGUGUGACCAACAAGCUUUUAAGUGUCAGCUCCAUGGACAUGGUUCACAUUGUAAGUUCCAAUGGCAUUGUCGCUAUACAAUUUUUCACAAAAUUGACCAGCUGGUGUCGGUAAGUCCUAUAAUUUAGAAAGGUCAUCAUUUGUCUCUUUGUCACAAUUAAAUUCACCUGAUCUUUUGGCGACCACUUAUCCCCCUUCCGGUCCCCACUUGAUGAAAAUUCCUCUCACCCCUACCCUCCCCCCUGCCCAAUGUGACUGGUCCCUUACUAAUAAAAAAUGCGGCAUUUACGUUCUAAGUCCGAUUUAUGUCCAAAGAAAAAUGGGUUUUCUGAUCACUCAAGAGUCAUUAUUUGCACUUAAUCUUUGAUUAAAAGCGGUGACUUUUUCCAACAAUGACUAAGAAGAAAAUAUAACACGGCACUUAUAUAUGAUAUUUAGCUUAAGUUUGAGAGGAAAAGUACAGCUUUUGUGAGAAGAGUUUAUAGACCGCCACUUAUAGAAUAUCCAAAGCCGCCGACUGGCAAUAAUGCCUCUGGGCCCGCGUCUAAGAAGCUCGCGAUCGUUAUAUUUAGUACUAGCAUUUUUUCCUCUUUUCAUGGCAAGACGUGGCAUUUCGGUGUUUUUGUAAAUAUCAGAUUAAAAUCCACGAGGGGUGAACCGCAGUAAUCUGCGAUAAUUAACCUGCAGAGCAGGCGUAAUUUUCGGGGGCAAGUGCUCAGUAUUAUCUUGGUAAAAACUUUUAGCUGUCAUAUUUGAUUUUACGGCAGCGCAAGGCUGGCGAGAGAAAAAAUUUGUACCAAGGGAGUGAGUGACGGGUAAAAAUAAGGAGAGGGGAGGGGAUGGGACUAUGAAUACUUCCGCCUUAUCCCGCCCCCUCCCCCCGCUGUCGACUCUCUAAAUCAUGCAUGGUCGGUACACACGAUCGAUUACACGAUCGAGCUAGAGCUUCUUAACGUUAACUCGCUCUAAUGAGACGCCUGCCCUGCAAGUUAUGUUACACUUUGUCGUAUUUACUGGCUUGAAAGCGAAUGCUGUCAGUUCUGUCAAUAUCACCACAAGGAUCCGAGUAGCUUUAGUUGUUCAAGUUAACGAGAAGGCAAGCUUAUUCAAAAACUUGAAUAAUAUUUAUUCGCUUGUGACAAGAUGUGUUUGAAAAUAUUGUCGAAAAUGGCCUUUUGGUGAACAUUGAAGCUUUGAUCAGUUUACAGAGGGAUAGUAAAGUUUUAUUGAGGAAACAACAAGAAGAAAGAGAAGAGAAACAAGUCCUAUGGCUUCCGAGGAAACAAAGACGCCGACAUUUCCAGUGACAAGCGGAAUAGAAGCGGAGAAUGCUAUUGAAAUUAAAAGUAAGCUUUCACAAUGUAAUAAGUUAUGUACGUGGUAAAUAUGUGACUAUUUGGUUUAGUUCGGUCCCGGUAGCUUGUCAUAAUACUACUUGUGUUCAGUUUUUAAGUAUCAUCCUUUGGUUCUCCCAGUGCACUUUUUCUGUAUCGGCAAAGCUUGAUAAUGUGAUCAAUUAUUUAACAGUAAUUUAACAUUUAAAUUUUUUUGGGACUCUUCGUGGGUGCUUGUCAUCGAUCUUAAAGUGGUUAAUCUGUGCUUUUUAAAUUGUCAUAUAACCAGUCUUUUAUUUAACCUUAAGGCGCUAUGUAUCUCGUGACGUUAGUUUGGUUGUCGAUGUGUGAUUUGUAUGCGAGAUUAUUGCAUUUGUGCGUUGAUAAUCCUGAGUAAUAUUUACAAUGUAUAAGGUUAAAAUAUGUUCCGCUAUAGCGAUUUUAGAGACCAAAAAGACUGGGCAAGUACAAACUCGAACUGGCUCCGCUUACACUGAGUUUUUCUUUUGCCGAGUUUAUCAUGCUGCUCAUUUUUUAAAGGUCAGGAUGGAAGCAGCGCUGGUUAGAAUUUUAACCAAUUUGCUGUUCCUUAUUUGUAAAGAAGAGAAUCUCGAUGAGAAUAUUAUGACGUCAAUGGCAUAAAAAAUAUAUGCUUGAAAAUAAACCGCAGACAAUAUCAUGUAACCGGCUCAGAUUGUUUUCAAAUCUGUUCAUUUCAUCUUUAUGUGAAUGAAAUGAGAGCUAAACUUAUGUUAACUAGGAACGCUCUGAUUACCUGCAAAAUAGAAAUUCCAAUAAAAUAAUCACGUAUCAGAUAGACAUUUGGGAGUUUAGGCAUAAUGUUUUCGACGACUGAACAACAAACGGGAAGCUGAAAUUAUGCCUAUCGUUGUACGUUUUAGGCCAUUACUGUCAUAAAGUAAACUUUUUCCCUUUGAAUUGAACGAAAGAUUUUCUGCCAUUUUUUAAAGGUUUGAUUCCAGAAUUUUGGAAAAGGUGAAUUAAAUCAGGGUUAAUUUAUGCCGAAAAACGGUUCUACAUAUCCAUUAUGUUUGCCGCACAUUUACCCUGUGUCAAGCUUCAGUGGUUGGCUAUGGCACUUGUAAGAUCUUGUUAUAAAUAUAACCAAGGAGAUGCGUGACGUUUGAAAGAGUUUUAGCAACAUCAUUUGAAGUUAUAUUAGGCAAAAUCCUGAUAUAAAUAAUAUUAAACGAAUAUGGAAGCGAUCCCCGCAAUUAUAAAAACUACUACUUUACAAGUGAUGAAAUAAGACCUGAAAAAAAUAUCCUUGCAGUUAUGAACACUACUUAAGUUGGCUUGUUAGCUCAGUUGGUAGGGCUUGCUACGGUAUCGCAGAGGUCAUGGGUUCAAAUACCGUGCGGGCCUGAAUUUUUUUCAGGCCUCGUUUUCACCACUACUUAAUUAGUGUUCUUAACGGUGAAGAUCGCUUCCAUAUACGUGUUUGGCUGUUUAGAGUUAACCAUACUAAACAGAAGCUUUACCCCUUUACGUUCUUGCUAUCCAAUUAACACCGGGUUAGUUUUUUUUCUACUUCAGGGCAAGAGGAAAACCUCGUCAAAUUUCAACUAGGAUGGCUCACGUAAUCCAAUGUUAAAGACUACGCGUAAUUGAAACAUGAAUUUAGCUAUGAGUCUAAUAUCCCUUUGUGCACGCAGGAGACUUCAACGAACCAAGGACCUCUGUGGUGACAGAACUGCAGCUUUCAGACAUUAGUGAUGACGUAGGUAAUUGCUGGCGUGAGCUGGGACCAAAGCUUGAUAUCUCUGCGGCAAAGAUCCAAAACCUGGACGACGAUUAUCGCUGUAAUCGCGACAAAGCAAACGCCUUACUCCUCAUGUGGAAACAGAAAGAAGGGAACAGUGCAGUGGCGGGGCGUUUAGCGGAUGCUUUGGUAAGCAUCGGAAAAAAGUGCAUUGCAGAAAUGCUUCUCGGUAAGUAGGUAUACCUGGUAAGAUGAGUGAAUGGUCUGCGUAUACAACUGACAAGCUGAAAGAAUAACUACACAAAGAGGUCUUAGAAAACAGUUGACAUUGUUAACGAAUAACGCAAUCGAGGAGCUUUCCGUGGUUUCCCUUUCUCGUCUUAACAUAAAAGCGGAUUGGGAUAGUUUUCCCAAUAAUAUCCUCCCCCCCUUGAGGCUGCUAUGAAUAAAUUUUUGUUAACGCAUCCUUGAAUCUAAAACCUUUUACUCAUCCUUAUCUCAACACACCUACUGAUCAAUCAGAGCACGCUUACUAUUUCAGGGAUUUUGCAAUUCUUGAUAGGGCAAUUGACAACUUGGUGUAAAAUACGAUCCUGGAUUGCGUUGCUUUACACCAUGUUUUCUGUCCGAUGGGCCCAGGAAACUCGCGCUACUCUUUCAACCUAUCAAAUCCAAGAAUAACAUCAAAGUUGACUUGUAGACCCGCACAUCAACUAUUUUGCUUGUUUAUGCUUUGUGCUCUUAUUGGCUCCUGACCAGUGAUAUUUGGCUUUGUUAUAAUUAAAAGUUAGCAAAACUCUGGAUUCGGUUUUACGAAAGCCGUGAAUUGUCCGGCUACCCUAUUAUCCCCAUUGUCUGCACUUAUAAGGGCUGCUAAGUUAAGAAAUUGCCUUCCUGCAAGCAAUAUAAAUCUUUACAUAACUGCAAAUGUUCUAAAUGGUGACAUUUAGUUUGCUGGUACAGUUUGUUGCGGGGGUGGGUGGGGUGGAAGUUGUCGGGGGGGGGGGAAGAGAUGAAGCAUUGAACUGAUCAACGCAUAACACCUAACUCAUAAUUAUUUCCUAUCCACAAAUAUACUAUUAGGAGUGGAUAACGCGAAAAUGCUAAGGUGUGGAAACAUUCCCAAGGGUCACGUUAUCAGUUUAACAGUAAUUCAUGACCUGGGUGAAGGGCUUGAUAAGGUGAGUAGAUAACAACACGUUUUCUACAAUAACUACUGAAAGAUAAAAUUUGAAAAUAACCGCAUGCAAGUUUUGUUACAACACGGUUAUAAUCCAUUUCCUUCAAAGUUGAUGAAUAGCACCUCUGCCUUGGACCCUCCAGAGCUAGAAGCUUGAAUUUUUCUUGUGAUUAGGACUCGUGAACAAAAAGUUGAAACUUGAACCAGCGAUAAACCAGAAAAAUCACUCCGAUGGAUUUUGCCAAUCUUUGGGCAUAGUUUUAACACCAAAUACUCUUUACAAGUAAAAUAACAGAAUAACUUCAAAAUUGUCAGCAAUAAUAUAUUUGUCAUUUUUUUUAGCUUAUGGUGUGCGAAGAUGCGCAGGGAAAUAAAUUCAUGGUUAAAGCAUUCAACAGCAGAGACAAUUUUUUGAAAUUGGAAGAGGUAACUUCUUCACUUAUCUCAUUUAUCCAAUUAGAAUGUUUCAAUGAAUAUUUGGAAAAAUGCACCCUGUGAUUAAGGGUUUAACAUCGAAAAUUAUGUCAUAGUUUUAAUUUACCUAUUUUUAUUUUAUUUGUUUCAACAGACACUUGUGAGCAAGAGAUUUUUAGAAACUGUUGUUGUGGCGAGACAGGAAAGUCUAAAGCGCUAUAUUUCAUCGGAGCUUCAGGACCUGAGACUCCAAAUGAAGAAAGGGCAACUGGCCUGUGGAAAUGUUGAUAAAACAGAUACGAUUCAAGAUGCCUCUAAAGACAAAACAGAGCCCACAAGCAGCUUAUUGAACGAGGAAGUGGAUACGCCAAACGAUGAAAGCGUGGAAAAAUUGCUACAGUCAUGUGAAGAACAUCGCAACCAUUUUCAGAAUAUGUUUGAAGCUCUUAUCAAGCUGACUGCCGAGGCUGGGCAACAAAGUGAAGAUGAUGUUGAUUGUGUUCAAAAACUUUUGGACUUUACUACGGAACUCCAGCAAAAAGGAAUAACACUUUUCUCCAAAAUCGAGUCGGUAGGUACUCAGAGCCAACUCAAGGACCAGCAGCACACACAUCGAUUUUAG